AUGCUUGAUAUCGCUGAUUUCGUCAGUGACCGCGGUGGAAACCCAAACAAGGUCAAGGAGAGUCAGCGGAAACGAUUCGCUUCAGAAAAUGUAGUCGAUGAAGUUCUUGCACUAUAUGAAGGAGCCCGCCGAGGUAUGUUUUUCGAAGAUAUCAUUACCUCGCCGAAGAAGAACAAGGAAGAUGCAAGUUCCCUUCUCGAAGAGAAAGCUGUGCUUGAACGACGCAAGAAAGAAGCCGAAGACCUGGCCUUUGAAAAGGAAAGGCAAAGAGACAGCAAACUCCGAACAAUUGGUAAUUAUGUGCAUGACUCGGUCCCUGUGAGCAAUAACGAAGUAGGUCUCUACCACCUAUUAAAAGUUUCGUUUGGCAAAGAGGCUGACAUGAGUUAUAAGGACGACAAUGUAGUGGUUAAGACAUGGGUACCCGAGAAUGUCAUUGUCGAGAAGCGCGAUUGCCUUUCUCAUCAUGAAGUUCUCACUCGCCUUGACGGCUACGACCCCGAACGUGGUGUAAAGAUUGUCGGCCACCGUGGAUACUGCCUGACAGGGUAUGGACUUUUCUUAAAUCUUGCGUUGAUCAACUACGGCCUGGAAUUCCUUUGGGGAAAGGGUUACAAGCCGAACCAGCCGCCUCAAUUCAUGCUGAAGGACAUGAUGGCAAAAACAGCUCAGCUUGAGCAAUUUGACGAGGAAUUGUAUAAGGUAACAGAAAGUGAGGACAAAUCCACAGACAAAUACCUCAUCGCCACUUCAGAACAGCCUUUAUCGGCUUUGCAUGACGGUGAAUGGCUCCAGGACAAGGAUCUCCCAAUCAAGUAUGCUGGGUAUAGCACAUGCUACCGCAAAGAAGCAGGAGCUCAUGGUAAAGACGCUUGGGGUAUUUUCCGCGUCCAUCAGUUUGAGAAGAUCGAGCAAUUCGUCCUUACCAAACCUGAACAAUCAUGGGAAGCUUUCGAGGAGAUGAUGGCUACUUCGGAAGAGUUCUACAAGUCUCUUGGGCUUCCUUAUCAGAUAGUUGCCAUUGUGUCCGGAGCCUUGAACAAUGCGGCGUCUAAGAAAUAUGACCUCGAAGCCUGAUUAUCAAGCCCGGCUUUGGAAAUUCGGUAUGGCACUAAGAAAGCGACAGAUGUUAAGAAGUCGUAUGUUCAUGCUUUGAAUGCCACCCUGUGUGCUACUGAGCGGACGCUUUGCUGUAUUCUUGAGAAUUAUCAAAAGGAGGAUGGAUUUAUUGUGCCAGAGCCUCUUCGGAAAUACAUACCAGGUGCUCCAGAGUUUCUCCCCUAUACCAAGGAACUCGCGAAGGAUAGCACCUCCCAGAAAGCUAAGAGCAAGCAGAGUUCUAAGACAGCAAGUGGUGCGGAAGAAGCCACAAAGAAGAUACGGGAUUUACAGGUGUGA